AUGCCGCCGCCGACGGGCGGCCGCGUGCAGGGACGCGCCCCCCCGCUCAGGAAGCUGACGGCGCUGCGAAAGGCCUUCCCCUCGGCGUGCUACCCCCUGCUCAGCCAGGUGGUGGCGGAGAGCCGCGCCAUGGGCCUGGGCAUGGAGGAGACCCUGGCGCUCUUCGCCGAGCGCUGGGAGCGCCUGGGGCGCGCCAGCCCGCCGCACGCGCCCUCCUCGGCGGCCGCCGGCCGGCUGCCGGCCUGGCCGCGGGCGCCCGCCGCGGGGCCGCGGGGGCCCGGGGCGCCCGCCGGGGCGCCGCGGCACAGGAGGUGGGCGCCGCCAGCGCCGGGCCUCGCGGCGGACGCGGAGCCCCAGCGGCUGCAGGACGGCAUGGCGCUGUUCCCAGGCUUGCUGACGGCCGCCGCGCAGCAGUGGCUCGCCGACCUCUUCUUCAGCGUGGGCGACUGCGGCGCUCGGGGCGGCUUCGGGUGCUUCGAGUGGAGGCCCAAGGGGCCUCCCUGGCUGAACUACGGGCACCGGGCGCAGUACGUGGAGGAGCUCCCGGAGCUACCCCCAGCGUUCCAGGUUCUCCACCGGCAGCUGCAGGCGGAGGUGCAGCGCUCCGGGCUCUGCGGCGCCGCGCCGGCCUCCGUGGCCGUCUUCAACUAUUACGGCGGCAGGUCCCGCGGCAUGGGCUGGCACGCCGACGCGGACACGGACCCGCCGCAGGCCUCGCGCGAGGAGGCCCAGGGCAGCGCCGUGGUGUCGCUGUCCGCGACGAGCACCUUCCACUACCGCGCCCUCUCUGGCGAGGAGCGGGGCGUCUGCCUGCGAUCCGGGGACGUCCUCGUCUUCGGGGGCCCGAGCCGACAGGUCGAGCACUGCGUGGCGGGCAUCCGGAGCGACAGCCGCCAGGGGUGGCUCCGCAUGCCGCCUGGGCGCCUCAACAUCACCUUCCGAAUGUGGUGA